AGGUGAGUUCCCUCUUCACUUUCUUCUAGAGUUUUGCAUAUGCCCUGGGGUGGACACCCUCGGAGGAUGGGAGAAACUAUGUACUGCGCCAGGUCGCCUCAGGCCUGCCUUUUCCCUCCAUCCUUCCCCACCCCUCCCCUCUUCCACCCACUUUCUCACACUCCUCCUCUUUUCUCUUUCCUCCCUUUUCCUCCCUCUUCAUCAUCCUCCCUCUUAUUUUUCUUUCCCUUCACUACCCCAUCUCCUGCCUGGCCCUUCUGCACUGGCAGAGUAGACCCUCAGAAACCCUGGGAGGGAGGAUGGCUGGGACAGGCUGAUGUCUUGAGUCCUGUCCUUGGCUGUCUCUGAGGCUGUUAAGACUCCUAAUUACAGGAGUGACUCCGACUUGCUUUUCUGACAGGGCUAAAUUUCCGAGAGUGGGGUGCAGGAAUGGAGACCUUAUUUUCUCUUGGUCCUGGAUCCUCAGUUCUGCUUUGUGUUGGUUUUUGUUGUUGAUAUUGUUGUUUGUUCGUUUUGUAGAAUAGCGUUCAAUUGGGAUUUAACUGUUUUUGUCAUUAUUAUACUGAGGUUAUAUGUUCUGGGGAGGAAGACCACAAAGGUGAAGUGCCAUUCUCAUUAUAUCAAGGGUGCACACUGUUAACUUAUAACUGUCAAGACAUAAAACAAUUUGUAAGGUGGAAAAAGGCAGAGAGGGGUAAUUAGUGUAAUUUGAGUUGGGAGCAAAAAUUUUAUCAAGUUUAGACACAAAACUGGGUUUGUUCCCAAGAAAGUAGCAGCCAUCCCUUUUCUUAGGAGAGGUGAGGGGUUUAUUCUGUCACAGUUCCAGGAGAGACAAAGGAUCCCUGUUGCUGAGAUACUGUUUAUCAUAGCAACAACAGCUGCAGAAAUAGUAGUGGCAUAGCAAUGAACAGAGGUUUUUUGGUCCCCGUGUCUCUCUUCCAUCUCAAAUAGUAUGGACUUCUAUGGGCAGUAAAACAUACCUGUUAAUGGUGUUAUUGUCAUUUUUCCAAACUUCUUAUCAGUUGAAUUUGUUUCUGUUGCCAUUUCUAUUCCCAUACUCCUUCAUCUGCUCUAUCUGCAAAUCUCUUGCGUUUCUGUCUUGUUUUCCAAUUUAAUUAAAUAUGAUUCGCAUUUAAAAGUAGGAACUAUGUAUUAUUUUUAUAUUCAUUUAUAUUCCGGAUUGUAUGUAUAUGUUUUAGAUGACUUUGUAGAGGAUAUUUUAUUUAUUCAUUUAUAUUUUUUGAGACAGGAUCUUGCUCUGUUGCCCAGGUUGGAGUGCAGUGGCAUGAUCAUAGCUCACUGCAGCUUCAAUCUCCCAGACUCAAGUGAUCCUUCUGCCUUUGCCUCCCAAGUAGCUGGGAUGAUAGGCGUGUGCCAUGAAGAUAUAUUUAAAUAGCCGUUUGAGUCAGAUAUUCAUUCCAACAGUUAUUUGAUGUUAUUGAGACAUGAUACAGGCUGAGUGAAAACAUUUUAUGUGAGUGCCAUAUGAUUGGUUUGUCCUGGGAUUACUGAACGUGUUUGAGAGCUCUAGUCUGUAUCAUAUUAUAUUGCUUUAGCAACAGGGAAUAAAGCACAUUUCAAAGGUCUGUUUAUUAUUUUAGGAAUCAAGGCCAGAGGUGUGAACAAAGUGUCAGCUCUGAAGGGAAGGUUUUUCUAAGGAUGGACCCACACCAGAAGGUCCCUAGCAUAUAUAAUGGGGAUACUUUACAAACUCCUGAGUAUGAAAAAGUCUCUCAGUAUGAGGACCAGUUAGAAAGGCAUGAGGGUAGGCACAUGGAAGAAAGACGGUAUAAAUGCAAUGAAUGUGGAAAGAAGUUUGCCCAGAGCUCAGGCCUUGUUCGACAUCAGAGAAUCCACACUGGAGAGAAACCCUAUGAGUGUGAUCACUGUGGAAAAGCCUUUAGCGUGCGCUCAACCCUCACUGUGCAUGAAAGAAUCCACACUGGUGAGAAGCCUUAUACUUGUAAUGAGUGUAAGAAAGCCUUCAGUGUAAGGGCACACCUGAUUAUACAUCAGAGAAUCCACAAUGGAGAGAAACCCUAUGAAUGUAAUGAGUGUGGCAAAGCAUUUAGUGUGAGCUCAGACCUUAUCAAACAUCAGAGAAUCCAUACUGGUGAGAAACCUUAUGAGUGUGAUGAGUGUGGAAAAGCUUUCAGUGUGAGCUCAGCCCUCAUCAAGCAUCAGAGAAUCCAUACAGGAGAAAAGCCGUAUGAGUGUAAGGAAUGUGGGAAGGCCUUCUAUGUGAACUCAGCACUUAUUAAUCACCAGAGGAUUCACUCUGGAGAAAAGCCCUAUGAGUGUGGAGAGUGUGGAAAAGCAUUCAGCCAGAUCUCAACGCUUAUUCAUCACCAGAGAAUCCAUACUGGAGAGAAACCGUAUGAGUGUGAAGAGUGUGGGAAAGCUUUCCGUGGGAGUUCUAACCUUACUAAACACCAGAAAACACAUGCCAAAGGAAAGUGUCAUCAGUGAUUUAUGUGGCAAAUAUAUUCCAAAGGGCUUUUGUUGCAUCGGAAGAUACCAUUGAAAGAAGAGUAUGGUUAAAGUUAAUGCCUUAAUUGACACUUCACCCUUGAAAUACUGAAGUGAGAAAUCACUCAAAAGUAACUCCAUCAGCAUUGUUUCUAAGGCUGUAAAAUCACAUCUACUUCUGAGAAGGUAAUUUUGCAACUCAUAAGGUAAAGCCAUUUAAAAACCAUAUAGUAUAUAAUGUAGUUUGUGUUGGCUUAGAGCAAACUAGCAAUUCAAACAUUUUCCUCUUAUGAGCAAGACUUUUGUUGUUGUUUUCUUCCUGUUGGUGUUAUAGAUAAAACAUUAGAUUUGAAAUUGGAAGCAAUUGGUGAGAGAGGAAGGACAUAUCCUUAGUUGAAUCUGGAAAAUACCAACCCAUUUAUCUUUCUUUGCCUUUGAUGUACUGCUAUGCUCUUAGGAUGAUUAGAUGUGUGUGCGACUUCUUGGCAGAAGGUAGAGCAUAUCUUUAGGUAGGAAUCCCAAUAGAUAAUUUUUCAGGGUGAUUCUUGCAUAGUCAAAAAGCCUUAAACCUUUUGACUUACUGACUCAAUAAGCCUUUGAGUUUGACUGAGGUUCCUCAACCAAUGCAAACAAAACAAAGACAAAAACUUCCCAAGGAGAUUUAAGUGUUUCUGACUUCUGAUCCUUGCUCAUAGCUGAUCAUAGGUCACUGCUGUGUGUGGUGUCAUAUAUGCAAAAGCUCAGAGAUAUAAUAAUGGGACACUUGGGGAAUUUUCGAGGUCAGUGUUGGUUUUAGGAUGACUAUGUGAAGCUUGAUACCUAGUGUCAACCAAGAGUGCUCAGAUUUGAGAGGUGAGUUUGAUUUUGAAAAUGUUUUUGCUGUGUCUAUGGGACUCCCACUACAGCUGUCCACCAGACCAUAAUCUAACUUCCUAACACUAAUCCCCAAAGCCUGUAUUUGCACAUGUGGAACUCAGGAGAGAAAUCUGGACUUUAAAAUUACUUUGUUACUAUUUUUCUUUUUCUCUUUUUUUCCUUUUGAAACAGGGUCUUGCUCUAUCACCCAGGCUGAAGUGCAGUAGUGUGAUCCCACCUCACUGCCGCCUCAGCUUCCUGGGCUCAAGUGAUCCUCCCAUCUCAGCCUCCCAAAUAGCUGGUUUUACAGGUGUGCACCACUAUGCCUGCUAAUUUCUUAUUUUUUGUAGAGACAAGGUCUUACUAUGUUAUCCAGGCUGGUCUCCAUUUCCCCUGCUCAAGCAAUCCUCCCACCUUAUCCUACCUAAGUGCUGGAAUUACAGGCACGAGCCACCGGGUUAGGCUAUUUUUCUAUUUUAACAAUGAUUUCUCCCUCCUGAGUAAUAGUCCUGAAAUUUUUUAUUCCUGGAAUUUAAUUCAUGUUAGGUUCAAGAUGUGCCAAAUCGAUAGAAAUUGCAGAUAGCUUUGGUGGUUCACAUUUGGAAUAGAUUAUAGAGAACACUCUCUGGGAAGGUGAAAUGGUGUUCACUUCUCAGAAAGAGGCUCUGUGUUGCAAAGGGAUGCACAGUUUCCGUGAAUUAUCCUAAUCAGCACUUCAGGCAAGUCAGCUGUAAAACACACUGGACUUCAUGAAGCUCUGAGCCAACUUGUGGCCAGUAGGCACUAAGGUCAGAGACGCAUAUGGAAAAGCACAUGAUGAAGCCUCUGGUAUUGGAGUAGUGCCUACAGCCCUGCCCAAGGCCUGGAUGUGGGGAUUGAAGGCAAAGAAGACCAUGGUUCUGGAGCUCAUGUUGAGGAUGGACCUCACUCAGGGAAUGGGGCACAUUAGAGAAGGUAAAACAUAUACUGUACUUACAGCAGAAGUGAAGGGCUUCAGGAAGUUCUCUUUGCUUUGCUGAGUUCAUGUGUGAAUUCUUUUGCACUGCUUCUUCCUGUCUUUGGCAAUUGAAGGAGACUAGGUUUUCCUUGAUUUGACCUGUCAACCCAUUUCUGUGCUGUUGCUUUCAAUGUUUUUAGUGUUUACCUUUCUAACCCCAGCUAUCUUGGUUUGUUUCUAGAAUGGAGAUUUACAGACAGUCAUCUGGGUGGAGGACACCCUUUUGGGAUCAGCACUGAAAGUGACGCCAUAUCCCACUCCAAACCAGCACAACUAUAAAUACUAAGCAGUGAGUGGUAUUCUGAAGACUUUGAAGGAGGAGCUAUUUCUGAAAAUAAAUUUAUUUUGUUGAAGAAUUUAA